GUUUUAGUUGCCAUUUAUGUGGCUUAAAGUUGAGCAGAAAAUGUUUGAGCCUUCUUGUGACAGGGCAGAAGUUGUCAAUUGUGGUCAUACAUUUGACUUCUUGGUUGAUCUCUUCAAAGAUGACUAGAAUCCCAAUAUUCUUGCAAAUUGUGUUUGAUUUGAGACAUCAUUUGUCUUUGGCAAUAGUAAAGACAUUCUUCAGCAUCAAAGAUCCUCAGAAGAAAACAUCAUUCAAAGGAAUAAAACAUUUGACCAUUGCCAACCCAAAAAAGCAGGACCUCUUGCUUAUAUUGCCAGUUUUGAUCACAAAUCACAGUAUCUCUGUUCUGUUUGAAGCAACCCAGAGAUUAGAGGUGUGCAUAUUCAUGGCAAUGGCCAAUGGAGGCCCUUCACCAGUGGUUCCUUCUCUCAUACUAGGGUUCCUCAGCCUGAUCAUCGUUGGACCGACCAUUUCGACAUCCAUCAAUGGAGGCACAACUGUUGUGGUCAUGCUGCUGCUACCUUUCUUCUUCUUGUGGCUGGUGCAGUUGUCUGCAACAUUUGUGCCAGAAAUGAAGGCUUCCUCCAUCACAUACCAUCAAAGCAGUGGCUUUGAAUAUGAUGCAGAAGGGUUCUUUGGCUUGGGCACCUUUCUUCUGGUAGUUCUGUUUUUCACCCUGUAUAAGAUAGUUUAACUUCCAUCUAUACAUACAAGAUUGAAAACAGAAGUUUUGUAACCACAGCAUAUAUAUAAUUAUAUAUCUUUCAAAUUGAAAAUAUUGUUUC